AUGUUCUCCCAGCCGUUGCGCAUAAGAUCGCCGCCUAACCGCUCCUCGGAUCGGAAACAAUCCUCAUGGCUCUCUAGCCGUUUCACCGGCACUGCGGGCGCCGCUGGGAGGCCAGCAGCGGAAGGAGGGGUACCAAGCGAAUCUUUUACUGCUGGUAACCCGAAGUCUCCUCUUUCGCGCGGAGGUCGAUCUCCCGCGGGCUCUAAGCUUCCCAGGAGUAAGGUCAGCCUCAGCGACGAUGACGACCCUUCGUUUGAGUCACCUUCGGCAAGAUCACCCUCAUCCCCCACACCGCGCUCCCCGUCCCUUGGCAAUCCGUGCACGUCAGCGUCGGGAGCGGCGAAACUCUUGCCGCAUAUUCCGCCGCCUUCGCACGGAUGGACCAAUCACCGAGGCGGAUUCAGCGUCAUAGGGAAUACCGGUGGCUUUGCCACCACCACCAGCAGCAGCACCAGCAAGGGCGUGAGCGCAAGAAGCCGCAAAGGCGGCGGAUAUGGGGGAGAUUCAGCCUCGGGGGGAAUGUCGCCAGGGCCUAGUAGCCCAUGGAGGCGCGCGGGUGCGAGCGGCGGCGCUAGCGGCAGCAGCGUCGGCUCUCGUUUACAGAAUAUUCUUCUCGUUAUAAUCCUCUUCCUGUGCUCCAACUUCGCGGGUCACUACUACCCGUUCCUCUGGUCCUCCGCCGCGCGCGCUUCCGCUGUCCAAUCCCUCCUCGCCACGCGGCAGCACCUGCCGGAUAUCCGGACAGGGCGAGGGGAGCAGGGGGGCGUGGGGGACGAGAGGAACAGCGACGGAAGCAUGGUUUUGAGCGAGGAAGGCCGGAGGAGCAUCAUGGCGCUAGCAGCGGCGGACGGGCUGCGGGAAGGGGAGAUCGGCGCGCAGCAGUUGGGCGGGGGGUUGGGCGGAGGGUUGGGCGGAACGAACGGUGCGGGGGGAGGGGUUUCGCGGCGGCCGUGGCAGUCGCGGUUCGUGCAGGACGUGCGGAUCGACGUGGGCCGCGAGGCGAUGUGUGCUGACAUCGUGCCGGAUGAGUUCAGAGAAUCCACAGCCCGCAUGCCGCCAGUCACCUCCCUGCUCGACCUGCUCCGCCCCAACGAGCGCUUCCUCGCCUUCCUCCCGCGCCAUGGCCUCGGGAACUCCCUGCGCGGGUUCGUCUCCGCGUUCGUCUAUGCCAGCCUGGCGGGGCGGCGGCUGGUGCGCCUGCACGCGGGGGAGCACGCGCGGGUGUACGAUCUCCUGUGCCAGGCGUAUGGGUGUAGCUUCGAUGCUGUGGGGCAGCCCGGAGGGGUGGAUCGCGGUGGGGAGGAGGAUGGGAGUGGGGGGGAUGGUGCGGGUGGGGAGGAAGAGGAUGGGGAUGUGGGUGACGAGGGGAAGAGGAGCGCGGGAGGAGCGUUAGGGGAUGGAGCGGACGGGAGAGGUGUAGGGGCAAGAGAGGGAGUAGGAGUCCGGGAGGAGAAGGGGGCGCGGAGAGGGUUGAUGGGGGAUGUGGGGGCGGAAGGGGCGGUGGAAGUAGUGAGGAGUGCGAGCGAGGGGCGCAGUGGGACGGGCGUUGAACUGCUGCGCAAGUUUGCCAUGCUGCGACCCAUCUACUUCCUGGAGAGAUACCAGAACGUUCAAACCAUAGCAGCAUCGUUGCAAUCAGACUACCCGGUACUCGCCACGCGCAGUGGCACCCUCUUUGACCUCUUCUGGCACCGAAGCGACCGCCUGCGCUCCUGCGUCUUUGCCGCCUUCCACUGCUCGUCUGUGUGCACACUCCGGUCCAUGCGAGACGACCUCCCCAGCAGCACCACCACAGAUCCCUCUAACAGCAGAGGCGGAUCGAGCAGCAGCAGCAGCAGCAGCAGCAGUAGCGAGUUUUCUAUUUUUCUAGCCACAGACGAUGAGGAGCACCGCGCCGAGUUUGUGGCACGACUGGCAGAGUACGGCACUGUCUUCUUCUCCUCUGGAGGCAUCUUCCACACCUCCAAGGCUGGCGGCAGUGCUGGCAGUGGCAACGGCAGCGGUAUUGGCGGGAGUGUGGGAGCAGAGGGACUGGAGAGCAGUAGUUUGGGCAUGGGGGUGGAGGGCAAUACUGCCGCCUGUGCUUCGGGUGCUGGUGGUGGUGGUGGGUGUGAGGAGGCGAUCGUGCUGCUGCUCGGGGUUGCUUGGGUGUGGAAGAGGAUGAUGGGAGAGCAGCAGUUGGCGCAGCAGAUGGAGCAGCAGACGCAGUGGGUGUGGCAGUGA